AUGAUUAAAGAUAAGAAAACAAUAUUGAAUAAAUCGAUUCAUCAAUCAAUUGAGUGUUUAUCACAACUUUAUACACCAUGUUCAUUGAAUAGAAAAAUUGAUAAUUUUCAUCAUAAAUUUUUAUUAGAUAAAUGUAAUCAUUCAAAAUUUCUACAAAAUAUUUUUAAUUCUGUUUAUAAUCCGAAUAAAAUUCCUAUUAGUAUUAACUUAUUGAAAAGAUGUAAACGAUUAAUAAAAUUGAUAAGAAACAUUCAAGAAAAUUGUAUAAAUACUUUAUUGUCAAAUUCAUCUUCCGAAGAGGAUUAUUAUCUCUUGUACAAGACUAUAUUAUAUCGUUAUGAAAUGUUAUGGUUACCGUUAGCUGGUCAAUAUAAACUUUACGCUGGUGCUCCAAUCGAUGUCUAUGUUAUAUGGUUAACACAUAUGCUAAGUCCUAAUUUGUAUCGUCAAGAUUGUCAAAGAAUUUUCGGUGAACAAAUUGAUCAUUGUCUUGUAUGCGAUAAAGCGUUCAAGGAUCUAACAAAGAAGUCGUAUGAAUUGUGGAAAUCACGUUACCCUAAUGAACCAUUCAAUCUUUCUUUGAAGAAUCUAAAUUGUUCUAAAUCUCGACUCACCAACUGGGUAUCACAAUUAUCAUUCAAUCCUCUUCAACUAAUUGACUAUAAUGAUAAUUUCUAUUAUCAGAUCUCAAUGCCACACUAUAUGAAUAAAACAUUUCUACAAGAAGCUUAUGAACGCUAUCAAAAGUAUCUUUACAUUAGAAAACUUGAUCAUCAAAUAAAUCAAUAUUAUUGUAAUAAUACAACAAUUUAUGAAAAUCCAAUUAAUCUCUUUCAUUCAACAACAACUACUACUGAUAACAAGAAUAUAAGUAGUAAGAAUAUUGCCAGCACAUCAUUGGCUUAUAAUCAAUUAGACAAUGAAUCAUCCCUAUCAACUACAAUUAAACAGAAGAAUAUUAUCCAAGAUCAUAUUGAAGAUCAGUCAAUUUGUACUGAUUAUCUUCCAUAUGAUAUCGAAUUAUACUGGCGAGUCCAUAUUUAUCAUCCACGUACUUAUGUGUAUGAUACAAGUUGUUUAUUUGGGAAAACAUUAGAUUAUUUAAACAAUAAUAAUUGUAAUUAUUAUUAUUAUCAAUUGAAUAAACAAAUUAAUUCUGAUAACAAGAUAACAUUAAAUGUAUCAACAUGUUCAAUGGGUUCAAUAAACAAUAAGAAUUCAAUGCUCAAUUUAGCAAUAUCUAGAAUAUAUGAAUUAUGGCGAUUACAAUUUCCCGAGAAUGAAUUUAUGAAAUCUGGUUGUUACUAUCGUGGUAUCUCAUCAAGAAAUCGACUGUAUAAACUUGAACCUGAAGAUAUUUAUAGAAUGUCUACAAAGCGCACUGAAGUAUCUAUUCAACGAAUAUCGACUACACUAAAUCAACAAUUGAAUAAAUUCUAUCUAUGCAUCAAUACUCUUCCAAUUUAUUGUUUCUACUUUUCAAAUAAUUCUAAUCAUAAUUAUCAAUUGAAUCAAUUAAAUAUAAAAUUAACAUCAAUAAUUGAAAAUUUUUAUGGUAAUCAACCAUUAGAAAUUAAUUUAUCCAAAGAAUUAUUAUUAUAUCAAGAAAAUAUCACCCCAGUAACUAUUCAGUCUACAAAGAGAUUACAUAAUAUUCCAAGCAAAAAUAUUCCAUACAAAAACUCUAUCAAUCCACGUAUAUCACUUACAUUACUGAUUAAUCCACCGGUUAAACAUUCAAUUAGAUUAAAAGUUCAACUUGGUCCUCAAAUAGUCUGUCAACUUCCAUUGCCUAAUGAUAAUCAAUCAAGUAUUGGUUUUCAUAUUUGGGGUCCUAUAUCAUCAUGUCCUAGUUUAAAAUUUGAAAAUAUUUUAAAACAACAUUAUCAAUCAUGUUAUAAAGAUCAAGGUGAAAAAUUAUUGAAUAGUUUUCAAUCAAUUAAUUGCGAAAAACGUUCAUUACUACUUAUACACAAACUAUUUAAUCAUUUGAAUGAACAUGUUCUUACAGCUCGUGUACAACAUAAUAUUUCCCUUGGACUAUCUGUAGUGCAUAUCUACUCUGGUCAACGUUUGUUGUGUUUAGGCCAGUCAAUUGGAUAUGAACAGUUACCAAUAAUUAACUCCAAGAAAUCAACUUCUCAACCUACCAAUUAUUAUAAUGAUACAAGGGCACACUUCAAAGGAUUUACUCAACUCUUCUCAAAGAAAUCCAGUAUUCAACCUUCAAAUAAAAAUUCUUAUGAUAAUUUACAUAAUUUCACUUCACAAUUAAAACAUACAUUGAAAAAUUUUCAUCAGAAAAAAAAUGUUCAUCAUAAAAAUGAUGAUAAUCAUAUUUGGUGUUUAUCUCAAUCAGAUAAUGAUCGUGCAAUGUUAGUAAAAGAUUGUAAUGGAGAUUGGUGUCUUGUAAUUGGUAGAUGGUCAAAGUUCAAACGUCUUCCAACACCAGUGUAUACAAUUCAUUCAAAUCAUCAAGAAAAUGUAGACAGCUACAGUGGAAUACAUGGAAAUGGUGGACAUUUAUCAUUAAGAUUUAAAUGGUUUACGCCAACAUCUCAACCAAGAGUGUUAUUUGCUGAAAUACCAGACCAAAUUAAUAGUUUCACUCUGAUUUUACAUGAUGCUUCAAUAAAUAUGAAAACUGGUGAAUUAUUUAUCAGUAAAGAUUGUAAUGAAAUUGCUCAGAAUAUAUGUUUAGCUUUCUGUUGUUCAAUAUUACACGUAUUAUGUCAACCACGUAUACUUACACAUGAGUCAAAUAUCAAUGUGAACACAAGAUACAAUACAGCUAACCAUCAACAUAAUAUACAUGAAAGUAAUCAAUCUUCUCCAAGAACAAAAAACAUUAUUCAGAGGUUAGUUUGGACUACAUAUAGUUGUGAUAGUGAAAUUUCAAAAAAUAUACUCAAAAAUAAUGAUUGGGUAGAACAAAUUAAAAAGUUGACAUUAGAUGGAAUUCCAUGUGUUUAUCAUCAUCAAGAUAUAAAGAAAAAUAUUGAAAUUGACUCGAUAAAUCAAGUCAAAGUUUAUGGGUUUGCUGUAUAUCAGUUUGAAACAAAACAAUAUGAAUCACCUGAUGGAUCAAUGAUUAGACAACAGAACUCUUUUGAAAAUAAAAACAUAGAAGAUAUAAAUGAUCCAUUGGGUAAAUCAUUACAAAAUUCUAUAUUUAUACCAAUCUAUAAUAAGAGUAAUACUCAUAAUUGUUUAAAUAUAGCUCUAACGUUUACAAUGUGUAGAGCUUGUGGAUUACCAACUGAUAGUUUAAUACCAAGUAUACAAUAUAUUCGAUAUUUAUUACGUAAUCAUACUAAAUAUAUUUAUGAUGAAUAUAAAUCAUCUAUCAUUUUAAAACAAUUACAUAAUAAUCAGUAUAACAUUGAUAUAUUGUUGAAUUCAAGCAACAUUGAACAACAAUCAACAUUAUUCAAUGAAAUAUGUUUACAACACUUAUCAAUUGAAUAUAUUAAAGAAGUAAACAAGAUAAUAAGACAACUAGAUGAUAAAAAUGGUUCUAAUCAUAAGAAUAUAAUUGAUAAUAUACAAUUAUAUAAACAAUAUAAAUGGCAAUUAAGUGAUUUCUAUGAUUAUUUUCUAUUAGAAUUAUCAGAUAUUUGUUCUGGUUGUAUUUCAGGUUGUCGAUAUUGUAAUAACUUUGAUAAUUCAUUAAUCAAUUAA